AUAGUGAUCGGUGGUGAACUAUAUACAAGCAAUCUCUUGUAUCAUAUUACAACGAGCCAAUUCUACCAGGCUCUGCUUCUGUCAGUGGCUUCUCAGCAACCUGGGAUACCAGUAGUAUUCACGUGGAUUGUUUCUUAUCAACAGUUGGUACCUCAUUUUUCCUAAUCAUUGUGGAUUAUUUUCGCAUCGGUACAGUUCAGUGUAGGGUACUAACUGUUACCUGUGUUAAUUAUAAGAUUAGAUCAUUUCGCUGAGUUUGAUAACAAUAUUAUAUGCUUAGUCUGAGGUCUCGAAAUUCUGUGAAAUUAUUUACAAUCCACACGUGAUGGCUUCGUACAUAAAUAUAGGCUUCAUUGUUGAUACGUUCGUGACAAGGUGUGUUUAAUAAUUUCAAAAUUCGUUGAGAGUAGAAAGCAGAUCACCAAUAAUUUAAUUGUAAGUUAAUAUCUGUGGAGAGUAUGUGAUAAUACAAUCAAAAUACGUAUGGUGCUUGAGAGGAAUAUUAAAUAUUCCUUUUCUAAGGUGUCAACUUUCUCUACACAGGAAAAUGGACAACGUUGAUCAAGAAACACUAUUUUCACCAUCGAUGUGGAAUAAAAGAACAAGUCCGGAGAAAGUAGUGACAAACUUCCUGAAGCUUGGCGAGGAAGUUACCAUUCGCGCCCGGGAAAAUACCAAGUGUAAACUCGACGUUCCUUAUGGACCCUCCGUAAAAACUAAGUAUGACGUCUAUGGCAUUGAUCUACCAAAUGAUGCUCCGAUAUUUGUAUUCAUACACGGUGGAUACUGGCAAGAAACGAGUAAAAAUGUUAUCGCAUUUCCUGUAGAAAACUGUGUGUCAGAAGGCAUAAAGGUUAUUUGCGUUGGCUAUGACUUAUGCCCCAACGUCCAACUGCGUGACAUCGUACUUCAAAUCAAGUCCGCUACGCAUCAAAUUCUUCAUAGUGCGGCCGAAUCUGGAUCUCGGGGCGUUUGGGUGGGUGGUCACAGUGCUGGGGCACAUUUGUCUGCUAGUUUACUGGAACCAAAAUGGCUUGUGGAUGAACCAAACAGUACAUUGCUCAAAGGACUUGUGCUUCUCAGUGGUAUUUACUUUCUGGAACCACUACUUACAACUUCGUACAACGAUCAGUUGAAACUAGACAGCAAAGAAGCAAGAUUCAUGAGUGCCCUGAGUGUAUUGCACGCUCCUGUUCCGAACUUGAAAGCAAUGGUUGUGGUCGGAGAAUGUGAUUCUCCUGAAUAUAUAGAACAAGCGCGCCAAUUGACCAAGCAACUCUGUAGCUACAUGGACAACGUGGAAUAUGUAUUACUUCGAGAUAGUAUCGAUCACUAUAGUAUGUUGGAAAAUUUGACAAUUAGCGAUUUUCCGCUCACCAAACGAAUAGUGAAACUUAUAAAAGGUACUUUCGAUUAAAAUUUAGCACAGAUUUAAUUACUCUUAGUCUUUGUUGAGGGACUUAGAAGAAAGGUAUCUGCUCCUGAAUUUGUAAAAAAGCAAUCAAUUUAAUACUCAACGAAUACAAGAAAGUAAUAUAUGUAAUACUUACAAUAAAUAAUACAAUAGAUGAUUAA